AUGCGGUUCACAGCGAACGAAGUCACGUGGUACAAGUUUCCUCCCUUGUCCUUUCUUUUACUCGGCACUUCGUGCCUCGGUCGCCCUUCGGGCGACGGUCUUCGGUCACUGUUCGGGCGACGUGCCGUGCGCCAGCGAGGAUAUGGCUUGCGGUUAUUGAUUUUCAAAAGUUUAUCUGGGUCAGAUAAGAAGCGAAGAAAUCGUUUACAGUAG